AGCCAAACCUAGAGACCAUCACCUCUUUCCUCUCAUCCCUGUCUCCACACCUUUCCAUCUCUGUCGUUCUGACCAUGAGUAAUCUGGGCUCUGGCUUCAGUAGCCGCUCAAUGGGGUCUUACCCUUGUGUUGGACCAUCAAUACCCCGUCAGGGCAACUCUUACUUCGGGUUUGGGGACAUGCCAACAGUUGGGGUGCCUAUCAAGGCUGUGUCUGUUAACAGAAGAAUUCUAGAGCCAAUUGAUCUUCAACUGGAUCCAAACCUACAGGCUGUGAGAACCCAGGAAAAAGAGCAAAUCAAAUCUCUCAACAAUCGCUUUGCCUCCGUCAUCAACAAGGUUCGAAUACUGGAGCAAGACAAUAAGAUGUUGGAGACUAAAUGGCAGCUGCUCCAGAGCGAGUCUAAGCCUGAGUCUAAACUUGAGCCCAUGCUGAAGUCUUACAUCAGUUCCCUUCAGGCACAGCUGGAGCGGAAACAGAAAGACAAAGGUCACCUGGACUCUGAGCUCAAGAAUGCCAUCUUACAGGUUGAGGAACAAAAACAAAGGUAUGAAGAUGAAAUUAACAACAGAAACAAGGCAGAAAAUGAGUUUGUUCUACUAAAGAAGGAUGUUGACUCAACUUACUUGCAUAAAAUUGCCCUGGAAGAUAAAAUUGCUGGAAUCCUGGAGGACCUGACUUUCCUUAAGAGCUUCAAUGAACAGGAGCUGCGUGAACUUCAGGCCGACAUGAAGAACAUGUCUGUUGUGGUGCAAAUGGACAAUAGUAGGCAGCUGAACAUGGAGCAGAUUAUCACUGAUGUAAAGAACCAGUAUGAGGACAUUUCUACACACAGCCGACAGGAAGCCGAAACCUGGUAUAAGAACAAGUUUGAGUUGAUCUCAACACAGGCUGACCGGUACAACUCUGAGCUGAACAAUAAUAAAAGCACAAUAGCUGAUUUGAAAAGGCAGAUAAUGCGGCUGCAAAAUGAGAUAGCCACAGCUAAAUCACAGCGUGCGGGCGUGGAGGGGGAAAUCGCAGAGGUGGAGCGUUGCAGUGAGGAGGCGGUGCUUGAUGCUAAAGAACGGGUCCAGUCCCUGGAGAACACACUGCAGAAAGCCAAACAAGAUAUGGCCAAACAGAUUCGCAACUACCAGGAUCUAAUGAAUGUCAAACUGGCACUGGAUAUUGAGAUAGCCACCUACAGGAAACUACUGGAAGGAGAAGAGAACAGGCUUGGGCUGGAAUCUACUGUAAACAUCCAUCUAGUCCAUAAACGUCUGUGAUCAGUAAGAAUCUGACAGUCUACACAUUACUUCACAUAACUGGUGCUCAAUACAACAAAUUCCACUUAUGUUCUCAUUGCUGAGAGAAAAAAUCAUGAUUGAGCCAAUAACAGAGCACAAAGAUGAGGAUAAUGGAAAAACAGUAGUGAGACCAAAGAUGUAUAAAAAAAAAAAUCAAUAAAGUUACGUUCAAGUUUUUCUU